AUGCCGUCCGCAAAAACAAGGCCCGUUGAGAAGUUUGCAAAGGCUACGGCCAUGUGUUCCGCAGAGGCGGCCGCAUACGGAAAGUGCAUUGUUGCAGACUAUAAUGCAGUGCAGAAAGAUAUGUGUGCUAAAGAAUUUAUGAAGCUGAAGGAUUGUUUCCUGGCUGCAUCUAAAAAGGUUUAA